AUGUCUCGUCUCAUUUCUGUCCUCCUCAACGGGCUCAUGGCCUCCCCUAUCUUGGCUAGCAUCUCGUCUCCCAACUAUCUCCCCUUCGCGCUCGAAAAGCGUGACUGCGGCUUCAGCUACUGCGACUGCCAACGCGUUCAGUGCUUUCUGGACUUCUGCUUCGACGACCAUGUCGACCCCUGGGUCCUGGUUGAUAGUGCCUUGAACCCCUACUAUGGAGUUGAUUGCGGUCAGUUCGACCACUGGCAACGGAACGAGCCCGCAGAGUACUGCAAUAACGGCCUUCGCAAGGGCAACGGUCUCUUCUACAUCAACCGCAAGUUCGGGUCUCUAGGCAAGAGCUUCACUGUCGACUACAAGAACGAAAACGCCAACGAUCCCAGCCGUGGCUCCGUGGCAGCGCGUUGCUACCCUGUCCAGGACGUCCAGUGCAAGUGUCACUCACGAUACAACGCGGAGAAGCACGACUGCUCGAACACCUGCGGCUAA